AUGCACGAGAUUGAAGAAGAAUCACCUGAUCAGACUUCACCAAAGAAGACAGGCCCCGGCCUUUCCGGCACACGAGCCCUGCCUCGUCCGCCCAGUGCCUCCAUCUUCGCUCCAGACGUCAAAUUAAAUCCCACGUCCCUUCGCGCCGCUCUUACCCUGACUUCCCCCACUUUGUCCCUUGCGAGUUACAAGCAAGGCAGCAACGAUUCCUACUUCAGUUCUGCCUCGCCGAACAGGCGAGCAUCGGUCCGCUUUAGCGCAACCUCAUCCAUCUUCAGCAUUCCAGCCUUUCCGAGCCCAGCCAAGACCAAUCCAUCACUACAGGUGCCGCCGCCGCCAGUUCUAGAGCUCACUCGGCCAUCCACGGAUACCGAUCGAUCAGAGGGACAGGAGUACUCGUUAUCCCCGCAACCCUCUCCGUUGGACCCAGAGAAGAUCAGGAGUGAGCAGGACGAGUCGCCAAUAGACCCAAUCUUGCAGUACCCGAAGCUCGACGUGAGCCCGUUACGCUUGCAACCCAAAGAAGAGCAAUCAGACGAUUUCACCACGGAGACUCCCGCAGAAUCGCCUCCCUGCUCACCGAAAACCCUCCGGCCGCCGUCCUUCAUCGCCGCAGCGACAGACCUUCCGAAAACACCCAGCCUUUCACCAAGAAACAACCCAUUCGACGAGCUAGUCAUGCCGCCAGCCACAAGAAUACCAACACCGCCAGCCAUAGCAAUAGGGAUCCCCAAAGGCCCGCGCGAGCAACCGCCCAGAGACCUGCGAAGGGCAGUACUCCAGCUUCGUCGCAUGAACUCGGAAGCAACGAUUGAGUCUCGUGCCGACAGACGCUACCUCUACAUGGGCCGCGCAGCUAGCCCAUCGCUGCCUGAGCUAGACAGCUGUGCGAGCUUAACAGCUGCGUUUGAGCCGGUCCCGGAGGCGGCGGAUGAGGGCGAAACUUUUCCAAAGGGGGGUGAUGAGGAGGGGAGGAGCAAGAGGAAUAGCGUUUGGGAAAACGGAGAGAUGGCAUGGAAGCAGGCAGAUGUGGGGAUGAAGGAAAAGCGGAGGAGUGAUUCGGCCUCGCCGGUUAAGAUGGCGGGUGCAUUGGGGACGGAGGUGGUGACGCCGAAGGUUAGGGUCGUGCCGGCUAGUGUGCAGGGGACGCCGGGGAGUUUGUAUGAUCAAAAUGGGUUCUUGAAGACUUAG